AUGAAAAUUGCAUUCGGCUCCGUGGUCGUUGGAGGGGGUUUGACGGGUGUUCUCAGUUUCAGCUGUUUGGCGCUCGCCAUUGGAACUGAAUACUGGUACAUCAUUGAGGACAAGCGCAUGAACCACACCGAUCCGGCGCACACGCACUCUGGACUUUGGGGAGUUACGGAAGAUGUCCAAAGUCAUACAGAAGACACUUCAAGAUAUUCAGAAUCAGAAAGGGAAAUGGAGAUCAUGCAUAGUGCGAUUGCCAUAUUACUGCCCCUGAGUCUGGUGAUGCUGGUGUUUGGAGCCAUCUGUGGCCUCGUCAGUUCUCUAGCCAGAAGCCAGACACUCCUGCUCGGAUCUGCUUCAUAUUUUCUUCUCUGCAGUCUUCUCACUCUCUCUGGGGUGAGUCUGUACAUCAGAUACUCUCAGAAGGCUCUCGAAGAGACUGAAAGGCAGAUGGGGCGUGAACAGAUGGCUCAGGUGCACACAUCAUUUGGCUGGUCUAUGGGCAUGGCCUGGCUCUCCUUUCUUCUGGAGGUGAUCACUGGGCUUCUCCUACUGCUGGCUGCCAGAUUGGCUCCUUUAGCACAGUACGAAGAGUCAGUCGGUCCAAUAUAGUGCUACUUCCCCACCUUAUUGGAACAUAAUUGUCCAUUUCAGGCAAGGUAAAAAAGUAUUCAAAGUGUCUAUUUGCAUCCCGGUGUAAAAAGCAACUGCCAUACAAGGCAGCUAUUUGCACCCCAAUAGUCUGGUGAAUCAGACAGAAAUUUUAGGGAUGUAACAAUCCACCGAUAUACUUUUUAGGGGGAUAAUAAUCAUAAAUUGCGUGGAGCGGCUCACAUACGCGAGUAUGGCUUCCCUCAAUAUCAUGGCACAUGAGACACAUUUUAAUUCUGCAUGGGAAUUUUCACUUUUAGAGCGCUUUGGAGCAAUUCAACCAUGUCAAAUGGCUAAUGAGCCCUGGUAUUUUGAACAGACCUGACAAGGUAAAGAGAAAACACCUGCCCUGCUGCACCCACAUCAAUUAGAAGACUUUUCACAUCAACACUCUUACUAACAUUUUUCAAUACAACCAUAGAAGUUGUAGCUAAGAAAAAGCAGGGAUCGCACAUACUCUCCUAUUGUGGGUAUUUUGGAUUGAAAGACUACUGCUGUAAAGAUGACAAAUUAUCACUGUAGUGUUAACCUCAUUCCACAAGGCAGUAAGCUGUUAUCAAAUGAUUGAUGAUCACUUGUAUGUGAUUGCAUGACUAUUUUUAUUUAUUGUUUUAACUGAAGUACCUUAUUUUGUUGCUGGUGUUCCGAUAUGGAUACUGGAUUUGCAUUUUCAGAGAGCACAAUGAAAUAUGAAAAUAAUAUUUUGGUUGCAUUUCUGACAUAAUAAUGUAAUUGAUUAUGCAAAAUAGGCACAUAAUAUCGAUCACAGGCCCCUGAAUCUAAUUUAAUCGAAAUCGUAUCGUGGCAGACUAUAAGGUAUCGCAAACAUCAGAUCGCUGGCUAAGAGAAUCGAUACAAGAACGUAUCGUGAUGAAACUGCUGAUUUAAACCCCUAAGAAAUAUACGACAAAUUAAACAAUAGUGGCGUGGGAUGUAAAGGUUGUGUGUGAAUGUGUAGUGUUGUCCUAAUGACCUCAGUUCUAAUUCUACUUUUGUCCUAUCCGAUUUCCUGUUUCCACUCUUAAUAUUUGGUUAAAUACUACCUCAAUUUAUAAUAAUAGAUACAAAUUAAUAUAAAUGUUGAUUUCAUCGGCAUUGCAGUGAUUUGGUCACGGUGAAUGUCGGGGAGUGGAGAGAAGGGUUUGAUCCGGAGGCGGGGUCUGUCAAUCGCAUUCGUUCCCACGUGAAACCAUGGUUACUGUAGUUAAGCCAAAGUUUUUCUAAGGUUAGGUUUAGGGGUAGGAGUUAAUGUAGUGUCUGUGGGACUCUAAAUAAAUGCACGGCAGUGAUGUCCAUACUGUAUGUCAGUAUUUAAAUAUAGGUGCAAAUAGGAUCUGACACUAUAUGCACCAGGGUGCAAUUAGUAUCUACCAUUAUUUGCACCAGGGUUGGGGUACAAAUAAUAUCUACCACUAUUUGCACUGGGGUGUAAAUAGCAUAAACCAUUAUUUGCGCCAGGGUGCAAAAAGCAUCGGCCGAAAGUAUUUGCCAAUGUAACGCAAGUUCUCUCUGUCAUGAGAAUCUGAGCAUUUGUCGGAGCAAAAACAAGAUCUACACCUGUAAAUCUGGUGUACCGUUUUUCUGAAGAGAUUAUAAUUAACACCACGGUGUUAUCUCCACCACAUCUCAAAUUCUGUAUUAUGUUUAAUAGAAUUCUGUGUUGGAAAUGACAGUUAUGGAAAUGAAAUGAAUUUGCAGACACCUUUGUCUUGCUAAGGCUAAUUUCAAAGCUAGCAUUUGAUGUACACACAAUUAAAUAAUAUUUUUCAGAAUUUUUCCAUAAUUUAGCAACAUUUAAGCUUGAUUGGAAAUGACACCUAAUAAAAAUAUUCUGCUAGCAAGUGAUAUUUACCUUAAAAUAAAAUCACUUUUCUCAAAAUACGUUUCAAGCAUGCUCUUGACAGACACUUUUGUCGACUUGGUUAAAAAGUACACGGACUUCUGAAAGAAACAAUUGUUAGGGGCUAAAUUGUUUGAUGUGAUUGAAAUGACACCACAACUGUGAAAUAAUUUUCACAAAAUAAAUAUUGUUUGUUUAGAUAAUCUGAGCUUUAAACAUGAAAUAAUUGGUAGUGUUACUUUUUUUAUUAUUAUUAUUAUAAAUUCAUAUUAAAACUCUGAGACAAGGCUAAAACAGUAUAGUCGGUACAUAAAAGGUAUUUGAAAUGUACCCAAAUGAAAUGCUGAAAGCCUGGUAAAAAGUUUCCAAGUCAGUUUUAUUGUGUGAAAAAUAUAUAUUUUUUUAAAUCUGUUAGUUUUAAUAAAUAUUGUAUGCCCACUGGGACAUGAAUUGCCUAAAGUUGGAUAAACAAACAUACAAAAGGUUUUCAGAGUUUAUUUUCCUUGUUAAGAGCAUAAACCUCAAAUUAUGUUAGAAGUGUCCUUAAAGCUAACAAAACUAUGCCAAUUGGUAAAAAAAUUAACUUAAUAUCUUAUUUCACUUCUCAAGAAUAUUUAUCUAAUUUUAAGGAUGUUUAUAUAUUUUUCCAAGCAAACAAAGCAAAAAUACAGAUAUGCAGCAUAAUAAGUAUUUAAGGUGGAAUCACACUGUGCUGUGGAUUUUUAAAAGCUUACAAUCGUUGAACUCUGUUCAAAUGCUAUUUUUUGUAAGAGGUCAUUCAAUUUCUUUCUCCAAACUGAAGCAUAUUUUCAUUUCAUAUGAUUAGCCUAUACAGACCAAUUCAAUCCUAAAUAAGUUUGUGUGGCUCAUUUCAUAUCUUUUGUCUAUAAUUGCUACUGUAAUUGCUUGUAAUUCUCCUGUGUUUGUGUCUCUUUGAUGGAUUAUCUUUUAUGCUAGGUUCCUGUUUUCCAUUUUUUCAUAUUUUUGUUGAUUAUUUCUUCAUAUAAUCACUCUUGCUUUCACUUUCUGAAAGGAAUAUAUGAAUGGAUGCAGUGGCCGAACUGUACAUGUUAAUAGAUGUUUACAGCAUGUUCCUUCAUCAUAUAUGGGUAGUUUAUGAAAAAGUCUGAACUAUGGAAUAACAUAAAUGGAACUAAGGGAAUUAGUCACCCUUUGCCUAGAAUUUGCAGACAUGUACUCUUGACAUUUUCUCAACCAACUUUUUGAGGUAUCAUCCUGGGAUGCUUUUUAAACAGUAUUGAAGAAGUUCCAAUCUAUGUUGGGCACUUAUUGGCUGCUUUAUUAUUUGGUCCAAUUAAUCAAUUUCAAAAACUUUUAACUGUUGCAUAUUAUUCUGGUAUUGUUUUAUGGCAACAGCACGGAACAUUGUGCUUUGUCAGAUAUCGGCAAGAUUAAAGAUUUAUUGAAUGUCAGUACUUAAUGGUUAAUUACAUAUUGUUCCUUCUAAUUGUGUCCUUAAACUCAGGUUUUUCCCAAAAAAAAACAAAUAAGUAUCAGGUUUCUGUGUAUCAAAUGGUUGUUAAAACAUUUAUUUUGAUUAUAGCCUGUAGCCUAAGUGGUAGGUGACAAGGUAGUGGGUUUGAUUUCCAGGAAAAAUACAUACAAAUACAUAUUUAGAUAAAAGUGUCAGCCAAAUGCUUAAAUGUACAUUUUGAUUACACGCAGAACCACAGCUAUAGAAAUUAACAGAUGAAAUGUAAUGAUUUUACAGUGACAGCAAAAGUGAUUUAAAAGAAUUCUGGUGGUUUUGGGACACAGUACAUUAAUUUACAGUCUAUGAUGGCUUAAACAUGAACCCUGCAGUGAGUUCUUUUCAUCACAGGAUAACAGUGGCCAUAGGUGUCAGGGGUCUGCAUUAACACUUUCAUUACAAGCUAUAAUAAAAAGACAAGAAAUCAGAAUCAUUCAAGCUCAUUUUCAGGUGAGGAAAGAAAAUUGAACAAGAGGGGGAAACAAGGUUAAUUUUACUGACGUAUUUUGUUGGAAGAAAGCAAAAAAUAGACCUUGAUGCUCAUUUUUAAAUGGAAACUAAUGAUUGUUUAUUUGCUCUAAUAUUAUUUGUAUAAAUUUAAUUACAUUUGAAGAAAUGGAACUAAAAGCAAAGAUUUCAAGUUACUGCUUCCCAAACAGAUGUAAAUGUUUUAUGAUUUUAAAUUAUUCACAGAUAAAAUGUUUUAUGCAAUACUUAUUUUUGACAUCUCUCAGUGAUAACCCUCAAGUCUUAUCCAUAUAAUUAUGGAUUUCUGUCAGAGCCAUUCUUUUGUUGUGGCCACUUUCAUAAGAGGCUGAUUAGUCCACCCCAUCAGGGCCCUAACUGAACUCAAGGCUGAAAUUAAUGUUUCUUUGGGCUGGCCUUGUGGCUCACUCCUUAAAGGCACAUACCCAUAUUUUCCCAUUUUAAUCAGUUCUAUCAGAACUGUGUCUAUCAGUUCUUCUUUUUUUUUUUUUUUCAAUGACAAGCCAAGCACAUUUUAAUUUACAGAGUGAAGAUUAAAGGGUUUCAUGAUUAUGCUAGAUACAUUUCUUAAAACCACAUUUUACUGUUCAGAACUUACAUCUAACUGAAUACUGUCAGCCGGUGUUUUUAUAUCAAACAUUAUAAUUUAAUGUCGGGGAUUUCAUGUGCACAUUAUAAAGGACUAGACAGUAGAUACUUGUUGGCAGUAGCAAAAGCCAAUUGUAUUUACCAAAUUUCAAAGAAAAAUUCAAAUGCAAACAGCUAGUCUUCACAAUUUCACUCUUGUUGAUGUAGUUUACUCUUUGCAUGGCUCAAGAGUAAUUUCAUCUUUAUAAAGCAAUUGACACAUCUAAAGAUGUUGAGAUGUCAGGCAUGACACCAUGUUCCAUUGGUAUUUUAGCUUAAAGCUGUCUUAAUUGUGCGUAUCCAUGGCUAUUGAACUUUAAAGAUAAAGUCAAAAAGUUCAAAAAAAAUAAGCAACAGAUUAAAUAUACAUCCAAAUACAGUUCAAAGCUACUUAAUUAGUAAUUGAUAUAGUCCCAGUCAUUGCAUCCGACCUACAAGCUCUAGGAUUAAAGUUAAGCAUUAUCAAUCAAGACUAGACAGAGUCCCUGAGCCCUUUUUUGAUAUCCACUGCAGCAAAUGCAAUCUCCUCUUUGUCGUCAUGACAAUCCGUCUCUACACUGACUGUGUGCAUCUUUAUAGGCAACUCUUAUAUAACACAAACUCAGUGGUAAAAAUAAUAAAACUAGCAAUAACAUCAAAGGCACUCUGGUCUCAAAGAUUUUUUUUUAUCAUCCUAAAUUUGCUUGUGCUCAAUGUGUGAAAUCAAACUAUUCGGUGACAUUUUAGUUUUACAGUGUUCCUGUAACUGUGUAUUUACAUAGGUAAUUACUGAAUAACUUCGUUACUAAUGAAUUACUAUUGAACUACAUGUAUUUUCUGUGUAAUUAUUUUGUGGAUAUGCUUGUACUAACAUAUUUUUUAUUACUAUAGAAAUUAAUAAUAGUAACAUGUAAUAUGUGUUACACAAGAUUCAAAUGUUAAUCAUAACCGUUAAUUGUGAGAAAUCAAUAAAAUACUUUGAUCCACUGGAUUGUUAUUAAGGCCAACAAACUGAAUGGUGAAAUCGACUUAAUGUACUGUUAUCAUACCAUGCAUAACUGCUAAUUUCCAAAUGAAACUCUGUCUCUAAAUUUAGAUGCUGAAGAGUAGCAGUCUGUAUAUAAGAUAAAGUGGGUGUAGUGUAACUUUCAUCACUAUAUCAGGGUAGUGUAAGUGGGUGAUUCUUUGUUUGGCUGUUCAGCUGGAGUCUAAGGUAUAUACUGUAUAAUUAUGCCUCUAUUUGCAGUUUUAGUCCAGUUUUAAAGACCCCCAUGAAAUUGCUUAAAGGGUUAGUUCACCAAAAAAUGAAAAUUAUCCCAUAAUUUACUCACCCUCAAGCCAUCCUAGGUGUAUAUGACUUUCUUCAUUCAGCGAAACACAAUUGGAUUUAUAUAAAAAAAUAUCCUGGCUCUUCCAAGCUUUAUAAUGGGAGUAUAAGGUACCUUAGAUUUUGAAGCCCAAAAAAGCGCACCCAUCCAUCAAAAAAGUAAUCCAUAUUGCUCCAGGGGGUUAAUAGUAGUAUACGCAUUGGUCACUUCUCAACGGAGCUUAUGCUUCACCUACAUCACACACAGGAACUCGACUCUCCUGUAAAUGCAUGAAUGGCCGUUACCGGAAGCCAGUGAUUACAUUUUAUAAAUGUAUAAAUAUGGAUAUAUUUCUUACAAAAAUGCAUCGCUUCACUUCAGAAGGCCUUUAUUAACCCCCUGGAGCCGUAUGGAUUACUUAUUUGAUGGAUGG